CGGAAACCUGAUCUCGGCUGAAACUUAAAUGCUUUUCAUACUAAUAAUAGGACAAAAUUGAAAAUCCUUACACCACGAAGACUUGGAACACGAGAACUAAUUUACCCAUUGUUCGAAACACUAGAAAACCCCAUGAACUAACCUAAGCUUUGUUGUUAUGAAAAAUGGAUUUAAACGGAUUUGAACCCAUUUUCAAGCAACCCAAAACAGAGUGGUCUGACCCGAAUUUCAGCCCUUUGAGAUCGUUUAUUGUAUGUGUGGAUGCCCCGGAUUCUACAGAGCUGCGAAUUCAAGCUACUGAUUUUCAUUCAAAUAGUUGGAUGACUAUUCUUUCAGUUGAUCAGCUUGAUGAUAUGAGAGAUACCACUGGAAUUGGGGGGUCGUGGUCCGAGUUUUUAGCCUAUGUUGCAGCUUCCAUUCAAUCUGAAGAGACAAAGCUUGGUUUUGAGGGGAAGUCGGAAGUUGAUGGUCCUGCAUAUGCAAAACUGAUUGCUCAAAAGACGAAAGGGUUGCCAAAAAUUUCUUUUCCUCUUGAUAAACUGGAGGCUGCUGCUGCGACUGAGGUGAGGAGAAAUGUUUCUCUUGCACUUUUUGGAGCAUUUGAUACCUGCCAGAGUUUACUAGUAAAAGAGAGAGAGGCUGGGCAAAAACUAAAGGAAUUGAUAGCAGCUGAACAGGAAAAGAGUCACAAUCUCAAGACAAAACUUGAUUCAGUUUUGUCUUCCAAAAGACACAAGUCACAUAAUGUGAAAGAGGACGGAACCUCACAACCUUUGUCUGGUAACACUUUACUAGGUACAGUUGAAAACAAGCAUGGAAGCCAGAAAAUGGGUCCAAGUAAAGUUGCUAAUCGCGUUGUACCAGCAUACCGCAGGUCAAAAGUUAGAGGAGUUCUUUUGCAAGACACCGAAGAUGAUGCAGAUAAUUGAACAGGACACCUUAAAUGUAGCUUGAGUAUGCUGUGCAUUACACCAUUAGAAAUGUAGAUGUGACAAGUUCUAGACUUUUGUUUCUUCUUUCAGUUCUAUUAUGUUCAGUUGUGGUAAUUGUAUUUACUGCAUUAUGAUUAAUAUGCUUAAAGGCUCAUACUUUGGGAUGUAGGUACUUGUAACUUUCUGCUCCUGUAUCAAAAGCAUUUGCAUAUUGUUUAAUAACAUAAUGUGCACUGGAUGCAUACAUUUUCAA